CUGCAACAAAACAACAUCAUAGAAUAGAAUAGAAGUCAGAGAGAGAGAGAGAGAGAGAGUUUGAGAUGGGCGUACAGUGGCUUCUGGUGUGUCAUGGUUUACUUACUCUACUUGUCUUGGUCUCUUUCCUCUGCGGCAAUUGGCCCAUCUUCGACGGCACUCCAAUCCAACGCAUCAAUCACUUCCUCACCUUCGGCAUCUGCGAUUACUUCCAGCGGUUUGUUGGGUUUGUGUUUGGGGCGAAGGGGACCAAUGCGAUUCAGACUGUCGAGUAUUUCUGCUGUGAUCGACCCAAUCCAACUUUGCAGGUUAUAUAUCUUGCUAUUAUUGGAGGAACCUAUUACUUAGUUGCAACUUCUUCCUUUCAUUAUAUUCCUGGCUAUUAUAUAGGUGAAGUCCAUAGGUACAUAAGCUUCUUGGCUGUUGGUGUCGGUGUUCUGCUAUUUCUAUUAACUAGCCUUUCCGAUCCGGGAACAGUGAAUUCUGAUAAUGUUUCAGAUUAUCUCUCUGCUUACCCGUAUGACAAUGUGAUAUAUAAUGAGAAAGAAUGUUCAACUUGCAAAAUUCCAAAACCUGCGAGGUCUAAGCAUUGCAGCAUAUGUGGUCGCUGUGUUGCUCGCUUUGACCAUCAUUGUGGAUGGAUGAAUAAUUGUAUAGGUGAGAGAAACAUCCAUUACUUCAUGGCUUUUCUUUUGUGGCACACUUUACUCUGCAUAUAUGGAACAGUUGCCGUUGGGUUAAUUCUAGCUGGUCAAGUUAGAGAAUUUAGAGUUAUUGAUAUUCUAAUUGUUUAUUAUCGUGUAGAGAAUUCAUUUAUUAGUUUAUCACCACAUGUAAUACAGUGGUUGGUGGGGGCAUACAAUACUCAAAUACUACUGAUGAUGUUUCUUGCAAUAGUGGCAUUGUUAAUCGCGGGUUUCUUUGGUUACCAUGCAAAACUCUGUCUCACAAAUACUACCACCAACGAGACUUUCAAGUGGCAAGACUAUAUAAACUGGCAGCGGAAGCUGAGUGAAGCAAAGGCGAGUUCUGCAGCACUCAAAGCAAGUAUUAAUGGGAUAACUAGUGAAAGAAAACCUCCAGAGAGCAAAUGGAGAACCCUAUUCCGAAGAUCUCCACUCGAAGAUGUCGAGGUUGUGGUUAAGAAUAACAUUUAUGAUAAAGGGUUCUUUCAGAAUUUUCUUGAGAUCAUCUUCCCCCUAUCGAGAAGAAGGGUGUAUGCCAACACCAAAUUAAAGUCUGGCUAAAGUAGACUGCUGUCCUUUCAAUGUUGAAUGCAUUGCUCCUUCAUGUUUCUUUGAGCAAUGGAGAAUGGCUUCAUACCCUCUGUUGCAAUUACCUCAUGCUUAAACAGCCAGCUUCAUCAUGAGAACGGGUUCUGAUUCAGCAAGAUGAGAUGCUUUGGCGUUUAUGUGCUGCGGCGGACUGCUUGUCUUUGGCAAUUCUCAAGGAUAGAUGAAGCACAGGUAGAAUAGUCAUACAUUUUUGUUAUCUUGGCAAUUGGCUUAGCAGAAUUUCAUUGUAAAGCUGGCCUUGUUUUUCAUUUGUUGUAACAUGAUAGUUUUAGUGGACAAUGAUCUGAUUGAUCCUUACGUUUAAACUAAAGAAAUAUGAUGUUUGUGUU